AUUAUAAAGCAACUCGUCUGCAGUCUUUGUCUAGGGUUUACGAUCUCUUCGUCGUCGACAGAUCUAAUCGGAGCAUUUCCGUAAUCGAAGCUCCAAUCGAGUUAAGAAAUGGUGAAAUUUAUCAAGCCGAACAAGGCUGUUAUUGUUCUUCAAGGCCGAUUUGCCGGCCGGAAGGCUGUGAUCGUCCGAAACUUUGAUGAAGGAACCCGUGACCGGCCCUACGGCUAUUGUUUGGUUGCAGGGAUGAAAAAGUACCCGAGCAAAGUCAUUCGCAAAGAUUCCACGAAGAAGACGGCGAAGAAAUCGAGAGUGAAGGCCUUCAUCAAGCUUGUGAACUACCAGCACCUAAUGCCGACGAGGUACACGCUCGACGUCGACCUCAAGGACGUCGUAAAUGUGGAUUGCUUACAGUCGAAGGGCUCGAAGGUUGCGGCGUCGAAGGAGAUCAAAAAGAGGUUUGAGGACAGGUUUAAGACUGGGAAGAACAGGUGGUUUUUUACCAAGCUUAGGUUCUGAGGAAUUCAUUUUAAGUUUUGGAGGUUCCUUUUCUAGUUGUUUCAAAUUUUGAGAAUCCAUUUUUACUAUUAUGAAUCCCUUUUGUCUAGUGCGUAUGUUACUAAAUUUUUGUUGAUCUUUUUUUAUCCUUAAAUGGGAAGAACGAGGAAAGAAUCUAAUCUAAUGAUCUCAAUCGUUCGAUCUCUUUUUAA